GCUAAAGGAGUCCAUGAUCAUCCCAGACCAGAAUCCAAGUCUGAAACUGAAGCCAGAAGAAGUUCAGUAAAGAGACGAGUCAGCUCACCGCCAUUCACACCCAAAAGACGACUCAUUGAAACGCAGGCUAUUGGCCCCGCCCUACUCUGUGUUGAACCAGCUGAUCGAAUCUCGUUCAUUGAGCCUAGCUUCUCUCAGCAUUACCCAGCAUUCCAGAGCCCUGAUCCUUACUACAACCCCCACAAUGCACUGGGAGACCCUUCACCUGCACUGCAGAAACCAUCUAAUCCAAGACUGUACAUGAGCAGACCAGGRUAUGAGUUCCAAGGAUACCUGGCCUCACCUUCGUAUCCUGUGACCUCUGACCUCUGUGAACCCAGGGUAGCACAAGUCUUGGGUCCUUCUUCAACCUCCUCAUCAUCAGCAGCCCCUCUCUCUUCCUCUUCCUCCACCUUUGAAACACAGACAAAGCCCCCAUCCACCUGGAAGGAGCUGCUGAAGAACUCCUCCCCCUACAGUGACAACCACCAUUACUACAGCACCGAGUAUCCCUGCCGUUAUCCCAGUAACCCCCCAGGGUCCCCUGCUGCUCUACAGACCAUCAUCACCACAACAACCAAGGUCUCCUACCAGCCCUGUCCAAAGCCUCCCACAGCUCUGCCUCCAUACCAGUCUUGUACUAAACCUCCAAUGGGCCUCCCGUCCUACCAGCCUUGUGCACCUCCCAAAGCCCCAGUCCUCCCCGGCUGCUCCUCCCUGCUGGAUGAUGCUUCUUCACCUUCAUACUCCACUGAGGUGAAGGUCACAGAGGAGUCGGGUGGUGUCAUAAAGUCUCUAUCGUUUCCUCCAGAACCUCUGCAGACCAAAACCGAACGAGCUGAUGGCUACGACUACCACUAUGCCUACCCCAACACGUACCGCUACGAUGACUACUAACUCUGUUACAAUGGUGACUGGAACUGAUACUGAGCAACAAGACUUUGUUGCCAGAGCAGUUGCAGAUAACAACAGCACCUGAACACAGCUGGUUCAACCACAGCUAAAACUGAAAGUCUUUGCAAAGAGGUGAGACACGUGAAGAAAAUGUAAACUCAAUCAAACCUUCCUGAAGU